GCAGUUCGCGCGCUUGUUUGUUUUUGACGAGCGUAAAGCACGCUAAAUUAAGUUAUUCGAAGUUGCGGUAUGGUGGGCGGUAAACUUAGGCCAAAGAGACUCUCACCGGCGGUAGAUAAGACGUGAAAGUCAAAAGUUAUGCGGCGCGAACUCGUGCGAGCUGACUGAGGAACCUCAUACAAGCAAGGAGUCGCUUUUCUUUCAUCCCAUCCUGACAGCGUACAAGAGAAUGCGACUAACUCAGCGAAAGAUGUUACCAGUAGUGCACGCACUACUUUCGGUAUUCACGAUCAACAAUGUCGCUCACGCUGAAGACUUGCCGGCUCAGCGUAGUUCAUCGAUGAAUGGCUUGUGCGAAGUGACCGAUCUUGAGUUCGACGUCGGUAGCCACAGCUUGAAUGCUCACGGUGCUGUAGCGAGCACGAACACAUGUGCAAAGUUGAAGCCGGCGUGGGGCAUAGAGGACGGAACUCCCGAAGCAAAGAUGGACUCUCUAUUAUGCGAUCAAGUUUUCGAAAUCGGCUACUUUCUGAAGUUCCAAGCGCACCAGCCACCCGGAAUGUUUCUUCGAGACGUGGUGAUACCUCUUUUUACAGCUCUCUCCAGAAAUGCAUCAUCAGAAGCCGCAGACGAUCAAGGGGUAGUGCUGCCGGCAAUUGAACGUGUAGACAGUGGAGUGAUUGAUUGGGACACAAACUUCUUUCUUGAAUCCUCCCGCAUUAAAAACCAGCUGAUACAGGCAAUAGCACGUGGAUGCAACGUGUUGCCUCUUGACAAGCGUCUCUCGGCUGUCAACAAGACGCUGUGCUUCCGAAAAGCCUACUUCGGGGUGCCAGAGCUGGUUGACCAAGAAGCGGCCAAUGCAUUAUUGGCAUUUGUAGAGAGGGUCAAGGAAACGCUUGCCGUACACACGCCAAGGCCUGAUCCGAAGCAUCAGCCAAGAAUCGGACUAGCUCUACCUCUUUUGCACUUCAGAACAACAAAUCAUGUGCUACCAGAUUACAGACGUACAAUUGCCAAGAAGAUCUCCAGCUUCGCGAAGGCCGUGGAAAUAGACUACAGUCGCUUGUCACUAAAAGAACAGGUGAUGCAGACACAAGACCUUGAUGUGGUGCUGGUUGCUGGCAGUGACAUGAUUUCACUGUCCAGUGCCCUUUACCUGCCACCAUGGGGAGUGGUCGUCAGGUUUAACAAAGAAACUAGUGGGAAGAAGAAGGAAGACCCCUUUGAACACCUUUUGGAAUCACGGGGUGUGCUGCUGACGACGACUGCAUCUAUGGAAGCUGGCAGAAGCCUCAACGACGUUCCGGUGUUUGGCGACAACACAAUCUCAGAUAUAGAACACAUCUUGCGCAAAGCGGUAGCCAUUGUUCAGCAUAACCUGCAGAAACUCUGACAAUAGACCCUGAAUUCCUUGUCCUGUGCCUGUCUCAAUGGCAAUAGGUGCUCACAGCAAGUUCGGUAUCUGCAUAAUUCGAAGGAGGAGAACCAGUAAUUUAAAACUUUAUCCUGUUAGUGUCAAUACGAAGCCAAGGAGAGCAUAGGGGAAAUCAUUUGCUGUACUUGACGUGUCAGUGUUGAGGCAAAAAGAAGUGAAAGUGGACAAAGAACCAACUUGAAGGAGCUAAAUCCACAACCUGUGCAUUACCCGCAAUGCUCUACCAUCGAUCUACAUCAUCAUCUGUUCCCAUACCCAUAUUCUUGGCUAUUUAUGUACAUGUUCAAAAUCUGACUUAGGAGUGUUGUUUUUCCAGCUUAUUAUGGGCAUGCAGCAAGGAUUCUGGAGCAUGGCAAUAUUUGCUAUUUUUCAUGGCCUGUUAUUUUUGUGCAAUAACCUGCGUGGACUUCCUAGCUAGCUACAACUGCUGUUGCUAUCACAGCUUAAACUAUUCAGCUAGUUCCGGUGUAAUGAUGAUGUUUUUAGUUUUGCAUUAUGUGCGUGUUAACAAUGACACUGUCAUUAAUUUUAUUACAUGUGUGUUCGAACUAUUACCCAGUGCAAGUAUCAGUCUAAGGAUACGAGUAUACAAUGUACCCUGCAAGGAGCUUUUGCUUGUCUGUUCACCGUUAGUGUUGCCUUACUUUUCGUGCUGUGAUGUAAAUCGUAGAAGCAGCACAUGCUCGGCUGCUGCAGCCUGUUCUUGAAGCAAACUUUUAGCGCCACUGUUUUGGUGUAGUGCUUAAACUAAAUUGUGGCGUUUAGCAUGGGCAAACUGCCCAGCAGGUUAUAAGGGAUGCCGUAGUUCAUGGCUCUGCAACAGUUCUAGCCACCGAGGGUCCUUCGUAUAUGCUGCAACGUUUAAUCAGCGCAUUCGUCUUCUUGCAGUGCCACAAAUUUAUCCCAAGUUUCAUCCACUAACCCGAGCAAUGACAGUUUGUGAACUAUGCACACCUCAACCUCAGUUUGCCUUUUGCUAGAACCAUAAACAAGUAGAAAUGAUAGCGGUAGUGUUGGUAGCAAAAAAAGAAGUGUCUGCUUGCAAUAGAGCUCAUUGUUACAUGCAUAAUUGAAACUUCAAGACCUUUACAUCUAUGUGUUCACACUUGUGCAUUAGCUCUGAAACAAAUUGUGUUGUAGUGUUUAUAUAAAUAAGAUCACUUUGUUUUAACUUGGAAAAAGCAAUCUCGUAGUUUUUUUUUAUCUGUUCUAGAUGGGAGCAUACAAUGAUGUGACCUUGAACAUGCUCCAAAUGCCCACUAGAGAGAGGUUAACUCAAGAACUGGAGGGCUUACAUCUUUUGCCUUAAGAUAUGGGUUCCUGUUUCUCUUCAGCUAUCGCUUGCUAUGUACGAUACAUCGUUCUACUUAACCACUUUUAUCUAAAUGUUGUGUGUGUUUGUGAUCAUAUUUCUCAUAUUUUUACAGCCCUCAGGUAGUGUCUACACAAGCAGCAUAUCUCAGGGAAUGUUUACACCCAUGGCUUUAUGCUCAGAACAGAGAAAUAUGCAUUGUGACUAAGGAACUUUUUUACACCUCCUUAGGCACAGGCCACAAUUCAUUGGGACCAAUUUUUAUACAUGCAGCAAGAAAUUAAACUUGUAUACUUGAAA